UAGAAACUUUGAUUUGUGUUAGCAUUAUCCGCCAUUGAUGUGUAAAGUAUAACAGUAGGCAUUCAUCAUGUCGAAGGAGCAGACGGACACCAAUGCUCAAAAGUCAUCAGCCCUCAAGUUUGAUGACAUACUGUUCACUGUUGGCGAGUUUGGAAAAUGGCAGAAAAUUUUGUGUUUUUUGGUUUCGCUGAUCGGCAUCAUGACAGCCAUGAAUACUCUCGGACAAGUCUUUAUGGCCGCAGAUACUGACCACUGGUGUCGGGUGGCCCACUGGGAUAAGGCCAAUUGCACGACCGGUCAGUUCGAUGACUGGGAGUGUCUUAAAGCAAAGAGGAACGCGUCUAUCCCGCUCAUUGUGACCAACAAGGAGACGGGGGAGAAAGACUACGAUAGGUGUCACAUGUACGAUGUACGGAAGCUAGAAUUCAAACCUGGAAUGAAUGCAACUGACUAUACCAACAAAAUUAUAGACUGCUCCAAUGGUUGGGUGUUUGACACUACGCAGUAUAAGACUACUAUCAUAAGCGAGUUCGAGCUUGUAUGUGACGCUCAGACUGCAUCCAGCUUCCUGCAAUCCGUCUACUUCGCUGGUCUUCUCUUCGGCUCUUUUUUCUUUGGCUCAGUUGCGGAUUGGCUUGGACGUAAACCUACCGUCUUCAUAUCAACUAUUUUGUUCAUGUUAGCGUCUAUUGGCAACACGUUUUCACCCAAUUUCUUUGCUUACAUGCUGCUGAGAUUCUUUGUAGCUGCUGGCGGGAUUGGAUCGUAUCUUGUGGCAUACGUCCUAGCAUGUGAAUUCAUUGGUCCGAACAAACGUGUCUUGGUCGGUAUCUCUGUUCAGAUAUUUCCCUCCAUUGGUUUGUCAAUCCUUCCGUUGAUUGCCUACUUUGUUCCGACUUGGAGACCUUUGCAGCUUCUGAUAGCUGUUCCAACAAUUCUGUAUCUGCUUCUAUACUUUUACUUCCCGGAAUCAGCUCGUUGGCAGAUAUCUAAAGGACGGUAUCGACAAGCUGAAACUACGCUCAGAAAACUGGCAAAAUCGAAUAAAAGGGAUUUUCCAGAAGAUGUGUUUACCAAUGCAAAUAUCAGAGCUGCACAGGCUGAAACGCACUCGGCAGCCAAGCAAACUGCAUUUGGUCUGUUUGCUUCUCCAAACAUGUGCAUUAAGACGUUGAAUAUGAUGUUUAACUGGGCAGUGAACAGCAUGGUGUACUAUGGAUUGGGUUUGAGCACCUCAGAUCUCGGGGUUGAUGACUACGUGGCAGCAGCAAUCUCAGGUUUAGUGGAAUUCCCGUCUCUCAUCUUCUGCCUCUUCGCCUUGCAGUACGGCCGUAGAUAUAACCUGAGCGGCAGUAUGUUGAUUGGAGGCAUUGCUUGCGUCAUUACUGCUUUCCUAGAAAUGGGCAUUGUGAGGACAGUUAUUGCCAUGAUUGGGAAGUUUUGCAUUACAGCAUCGUUUGCGACUAUCUACGUCGUGUCAGGAGAGAUAUUCCCUACACCUGUAAGGAGUGCCGGGAUGGGUUUGUCAUCCACUGCUGCCCGUGUUGCGGGUAUCCUCUCUCCCUAUAUUCUACAGUUGAAGACUGUAUGGGAACCUCUGCCAUUUAUCUUGUUUGGUUCUUUGUCCAUUCUGGCGGGUCUGCUUGCAUUGCUUCUCCCAGAGACUAACCACAAGAAACUCCCUGAGACUCUGGAAGAAGGGGAAGCAUUCGGAAAACCAAGAUGUUUUGGAGGAGGAGACAACGAGGACAACAUUGCCAUGGUAACCAUGACCAUGAAGGAUGCUGACAUGCAGCAGGAAUUGGAUAACCAUGCGUAUGAAACGACAUUGGAGAUAGACAAGAAGAUCUAGAUGGUAUAAGAAGCUCUCCCCUGUUACAAUUCAGCUUCGUGUAUUUCAGAAAAGGUUACAAUGAUUGCAAGACAGUUUGUUCGUGUACUCUAAAACGUUUUGUGAUAAUAUUUAAAUAUAAAGUUGUUGUUGUUAUGGUGGUAAUCCUGGGGUGGAUUUCAC